AUAAAAUUGUCUGGCAAAACCGUGUUCUCCUCCUGUGCAGAAAAGUUUUUCAACUUAUCAUCAGAUUAAAAUAUAUUUUCCUUGACGGUUGACAAAACGAGGAAACUAUAUAUACCCUUACCAUACCUUUUGGCUCCAUCAUCCGACAUUUCAACUUGAGAGUUUCUCUACAGAGAUUUACGAACUAUUGUUUCAGUUUUCCUUUUUGUUUUCUCACACUUCAGAGUGAUCGUAUUCUGAUUCAAUGAACACAAUGAUGAAAUCCGAGGGAGACGAGAGGAAUUCUCUCGGAAGAUUUUGGAGAAAAUUACUGUCUCCGAAGGGACAAGUGGAACGGAAAAGAUUUCUUCCUUCCGCGGUUGAUUCUGAGGAUGUGGCAAGUAGUAGCAGCAGCAGUGGUAGUCAAUUGGAGGUUGUCUUCAAUUAUAUGGACGAGAACGGGGAUGGGAAGAUAUCGGCAGCGGAACUGCGGAAUUGUGUGAAAAUGGUGGGCGGUGAGUUGUCGGCGGAGGAGGCGGAAGCGGCAGUCAGAUUCUCUGAUUUGGACGGAGACGGUUUCUUGGACUUGAAUGAGUUCCAUAAACUGAUGGAGGGAGAAGGCAGGAGCGUGGAGGAUAAGAAGAGUGAGCUGAAGGAGGCGUUUGAGAUGUACGUUGUGGAGGGGAAUGAUUGUAUAACGGCCACCAGUUUGAAGAGGAUGCUCCGUCGAUUGGGCCAGUCCAGCUCCAUCGAUGAUUGCAAGGCAAUGAUUCGUGCUUUCGAUCUCAAUGGCGAUGGUGUCCUUAGCUUUGACGAGUUCGCUCUCAUGAUGCACUAAUAAUUCAUCCCUAAUUUUCUCUUACGGAUUUCUUUUUGUUUCUGGUUCUGUGUAUAUUUUCUUCUUUAUUCUUUCAUUUUUUUUGUUACUGUAAAUUAAUUAAGGAAAAUAAAAGCUGGAAUUUAAACGAAAUUUCUGCCUA